CCUUUCAAUGUGAGCAUCACAUUUUCUUCUUACUCCUCCCAAAACUGUCUCUUCGUUUUUGUAGCAACUAAUGAUGUCAGAAGACAAGAGAAACUCCAAUGUUCAGCUCCUACAAGAACUAGAUGCCCUUAGGAAAACCCUUUACCAAUCACACACCUCAAACACAACCAGAAUAAUAACAGCUUCCUUAGCUCUACCAAGACCAGCCUCAUCUCCUUUUGUCUCAUCUACCGAAGAUGACAAUGACACUGCUAAAGUCAACAACAAACAAAGCAACAAAACAAGGUCUCGUGGCAUGUCCUUGUCUCCAUGGAGAUCAAAGCCAAACCUUGAACAUGCCAAGGCAACUCUCAUUCAGCCGGAUACCAUUAAGUUUGAUGAGACGGCAAGCUCAGUGGUCACUGCUCAAGGCCUUCCUUCAUCCAUGAAUGGACUUAGGCUUUCUGUUUGUGUUAGAAAGAAAGAGACCAAAGAUGGGAGUGUUCAGACAAUGCCUUCAAGGGUUGAUCAAGGCGCUGCAGAUUUCGAAGAGAUCUUUUUCAUUAGGUGUCAUGUUUACUGCUACCGUGGUAGUGGAAAGCAGCUUAAGUUUGAGCCAAGGCCGUUUUGGAUAUACCUUGUUGCAGUUGAUGCAAAAGAGAUUGGUUUUGGAAGAAACUGUGUGGAUUUGAGCCAAUUGGUUCAAGAAUCCUUUGAGAAAAGCCAGGAAGGAAAGCGUGUGAAGCAGUGGAACACAAGCUUUGGCUUAUCAGGAAAGGCAAAAGGAGGAGAACUGGUUCUGAAACUUGGGAUCCAAAUCAUGGAGAAAGAUGGAGAUGUUCAUAUGUUUAGCCAGGAAGAAAAUUUUAAGUCUGGCAGAUUCAAAAAGCUUACCUCUUUUGUUCGCCAAAGAUCCAAGUCUUCAUUCAGCUUUACUAGUCCAAGAAUAAGAAGCAGAAGUGAUGCUUAGAUUCCUUCAGAGAGAAUAUUAUUAUUAUAAUAAUUUUAUUAUUUUAUUGUUAUUAUAAUAUAAAAAAUUACGAAAGUUAGUCUUAAUAUAAGCUCAUCCGAAAAAUGUCCUUAGUAAAGUUGUCAAAUCAUAAAAACAUAAAUAUAACUGCUUAGAAGGUAGCAUACCUGUAAGGUUUAUUUCGUUUCAUACAUAAUAUAAAUUUAACAAAGUAGUGUGUCAAUUUGAUCUAAUCUUAUAGUAAAUAUAAAAAAUACUAUUUAGCAGAGAUUUAUUUUUCAAGUUUUUAUCCUUCUGCAAAUUAAUUUUCAAGAUUUUCCAAACCUCCACCGUUAGAGUUAUAACUAUUAAUUAUCGGAGGUUUUUUGUGACCCAUGGCAUUUUAUUCAAUUUAUACUGGAUUUUAACAUUUUUUUAUUAAUAACUAUUAUUUUGUAAAGUUUCGAAACUUUUUUUAUUUUCAACUAUUUUACUCCAAAGAUUAAUUUGAUAAUUUUUUUUACUUUUUUUUUCUUAACAAAAUACAAAAAUUUAUUCAUUUUAUGAUAUUGUAUGUUCAUAAAAUUGUCACCACCGUUACUCUACAAACUAGGGUGUGUUCAUUCCUUGUUAAACGAAACCUGAAAGGGUCUAUUGCUUAACACGAGACGCCUUCCUUUCACAUCAUUGUGCCUCCCAAUGCUAAAACAAGUGUUGCUGCUGGCACAGAACACAAGCUUGUAACCCGCGUCAAAUCUCUGAAUGUUAAACGUUCCAGUCAAUAUCUUCUUCCCUGGAUGAUCUCUAGCACCACCAAUUCCCACCCAUUUCUCUGGGAAAUCAUCAGAAACCACCACCCAUUUGGAAGAUGAAGCACACGAAGGUUUAUCUACGAAUGCAAUAUUCAAAGAUUUUUGUGUGAAGAUGGCACCUGAGCUUGUUCCUUGUUGGCUGAACGUCACUGCCUGGCCAUGGUUAGACUCAUCAGGAGUCUGUAGAACAGUAACAGGGCAUGUUGAGUUGCCAGCAAGACCUAAUGCUACACCACCACCUUCUGGGCCAGAGAAAAAUGGCAGAAUGAAGUAUUUUGCAGUAGAAGAAACGGGACUUUGUUGUGAGUCUACCACUUUCUCAGAAGGGGCUGCGAAGGAUAAUGUGAGGUUGAUGGUAGUGAUGGCAAAGAGGAAGAAGAAGGAAAGGGUGAGUAAUGGUGCAGACUUCAUGAUGUUUAUGUGUUUUGCUGGUUUAGGUUUAUGUCUAUGAUGUCUGUGUUUCUGGUUCAACCUCCUUUAUAAAGAUUCUCUUAGGGUUUCAUAUGAAGCAAUUUUUCUUUUGAAUCUGCUGGUUGAAGAUCCAAAAUAAAUACCUUUGACUCAGGUUUUGAAAGGUGUUUCCAAAUUUAUAUAAUUUUCUACUAAUGUAGUUUCCCCUUUUUAAUGUAAUUAAUGUUUUUUUUUCACCUUA